AUGUCAGGCCCUUCUGGAUGCUACGGGGACAUAACGAAGGUUGACACCACYGGAGCCUCCAAAGAAACGGCAGCACAGGAAGGCCUGACCUAUGGAGGAGUUCCCGCUUCGGAGAAGAUCGCUGAAAGAGAUUUGAAGAAUAUGGAGAAAUAUCAACCCAAGAUUACAAGAGCUGGCCAAAGCYUCGGCGUGGAUCCUGCAGUGAUUGCUGGUGUUAUCUCUCGAGAGUCGCAUGCAGGGACGGUGCUGAAGGACGGCUGGGGAGACCACGGAAAUGCAUUUGGCUUAAUGCAGGUUGAUAAACGUUUCCAUAAGACUGUUGGGUCAUGGGACAGCGAAGAGCAUAUUACACAAGGCACGACGAUCUUGUGUGGGAUGAUAAAGGAAAUCCAGAAGAAAUUCCCCACAUGGACAAAGGAGCAGCAGCUCAAAGGUGGGAUUUCAGCCUAUAAUGCAGGGGUUAAGAAUGUCCAGAGCUACGACAGAAUGGAUAUUGGCACCACAAAGAACGACUACGCCAACGAUGUGGUCGCAAGAGCCCAAUAUUUUAAGAGAAAUGGAUACUGAGAAAGAUACCUGAGUACUGAUUAGAUUUGACUCGCUGCUCAGAUACUUUGCUUCCAAUUAAAAAUACCCUGGCUUGUCCCUAAAGGAUAUAGAGAUGAGGGGAGAGAAUGAAGCCAACAACAAGCACAAGCUUUCAGUGAUUUUCUCAGCUGAGACUAACAAAUCACUUUAAAAGAWAGUAUUGCUGAUAACUCUUAUUGUUUAUCACUUAUUUUUCAUCUUGCUUUGAGAGAAAAUUCAAGCAGACCUAUCAUUUGCAUUUUUGGUAUCUCAAGCAGGAGACAAAUACUCCAAAAAAAUAGUCAUAACCUUGCUUGACAAGAGCUGUCUUGGAUGCUGUGUGUAAAAAUUGUGAACAUAGUCACCCACUAAGCCUGUACUUUCCAUUUUGGUAGUGUUGAAGUAGGCAAUUAUCUGCAACAAAUAUUAUAGGAGUUUACCAAAAAGAGCUUAUCAUUUUAUAUCAUCAUAGACUUGAAGAAUAAACACUCUUGACUCCGUAAUGUGGCCUUAAAGUAGCUGUUAGAAUUCUGUGUCAGGAGAGAAAAUACUAAAUUACCAUUAAAAAAAAAAAAAAAAAAGAAAAUACUUCAUUUUUUUGCCAGAUGCAAACAACCUGUCAAACUCAAGCU